AUGUGUAGCAUAUCAGUAUCGCUGACAAACUAGUAGUGUGGACGAUAGCUCGUGUAUUUACAGAAACGAACUCGAUAUCGAUACAUUCUUGUAAUCGCGAAUGUAUUUGUUUGGGGUUUGGAGAUAUAUAAAAGUCGCUGACCGUUGAAGGAUUUAGUCUUGAAUCGUCAUCCUUGUGAAGUGGACGGAGAAAUCCCUCAACAAGCAAUGAAGCAGUUGAGGUCACCCUACUGGAUUUUAGCUGCGACAGUGUUGCUGCUUGUAACGGCUGUCUUUGCAGUACCAGUCCCACAGGAUUAUGGCAACAUGGAUUAUGGAGGAGGUGAUGAAGGAGGCAACGACUAUGGAGGCGGUGGUCAAGGAGGCAAUGAUUAUGGAGGCGGUAGUCAAGGAGGCAAUGAUUAUGGAGGCGGUGGUCAAGGAGGCAAUGAUUAUGGAGACGGUGGUCAAGGAGGCAAUGAUUAUGGAGGAGGUGAUGAAGGAGGCAACGACUAUGGAGGUGGUGGUCAAGGAGGCAAUGAUUAUGGAGGCGGUAGUCAAGGAGGCAAUGAUUAUGGAGGCGGUGGUCAAGGAGGCAAUGAUUAUGGAGGCGGUGGUGAAGGAGGCAAUGGUGAAGGAGGCAAUGACUAUGGAGGCGGUGGCGAAGGAGGCGGCGAUGAAGGAGGCGCUGAUUAUUAAGGCAAUGAUUAUGGAGGCUGUGGUGAUGGAGGUAGUGUACUAAUUUGUGACAGAUGAAAAAAAGAACAUCACUUCGUCGAGAAUCCUGCAGUUACCAGUACUACGAAAGACAGGAAGAAAUCCAACCAAUUCUUUUCCCUGCUCCUUCCGGUCAUCAAGAUACUGACUGCAAUUCGAACACUAGAGGCCCAGAACGAACGUUUUCAAAGAAAUCAUAUGGAUAGCUGGGCCCCAAGAUUACGACAAUGCGUUUUUUUACUCUGCUAUCCAUAUGCACAGGUUCGGCAAUGGUUUAUCGAGGGUGACGAGGUUGUGACUUUGCAGACCCUCUCGCUUUAUCGUACAGCGCUGCUGAAGGUACCAGGGGCCCCUUUAAAUCGAACGUUUCCAAGGAAAAACGAACGAAUGAUAUGGACAGCCGGGGUCUCUGCAUUGCCAAUGAGUUUUUUUUUUCCAGCAAACCAUAUGGGCAAGUUUGUGAGUGUGUGGCUAACGGUUUCUCAUUACAGCGUAGCUUUAGGGGGCCCAGAGCAGUGCCACUCAGGGACUCAAAAAUCAC